GCAGACCCAGAGUUGCCUCGCUGGCGCUCUGGACCCGCGAUCUGGCAAUUUUGGGGCGACAGUCUGUCUGUCGAUCGGAAAGAAGUUACAGACUCGCAACUCCGCCAUGGGGCGAACUCCGCUGGCGCUGGCGCUGUGGGUCCUGUUCCCCGCGAUUUGGAGUGGAGCUCUCGCUGAGGUGAAGAUAGAAGCCAUGACCAACCUGCCCUCCCAGGACCCUGUCCCAGGGACCCAGCAAACUGACCACACGCCAUCUUCCCAGGAUGAGAGCCAGCCUGCCUUGCUGUUCUCAUCAACCCAGGACAGAGGAUCAAGUCCAGUGAAUGGGAUUCUUUCCAAGGCAACCACUGCUGGGACAAAGCUCCUGCCACCUCUUGCAUUCAAUCACACAGUUGGCCGCAUUGUCCUCUCUGAACAUAAAGAUGUCAAGUUUAAUUGUUCCAUCAGCGUACCUAACAUGUACCAUGAUAGUGCCAUCAUUUCUUGGUGGAAAGAUGGGAAGGAAUUGCUUGGGGCACAUCAUGUGAUCACUCAGUAUUAUUCUGAUGACCGAACUACCACAAUCAUCACUUCCUUCAGCAUAACCAAAGUGCAGCGUUCAGACAAUGGAUCUUAUGUCUGUAAGAUGAAAAUUAAUGAUGAAGAGAUCGUGUCCGAACCCAUCUACAUUGAGGUACAAGGACUGCCACACUUUAUUCGCCAGCCUGAGAGCCUAAAUGUCACCAAGAACACGGCCUUCAACCUCACGUGUCAGGCAGAGGGCCCACCUGAGCCCGUCAAUAUUUUCUGGAUUCAGAACAGCAAGCGGGUGAACGAAUUGCCUGAAAAAUCGCUCUCAGUUCUCACGGUUCCCGGUCUCAGCGAGGCAGCCAUCUUCAGCUGCGAAGCCCACAAUGACAAAGGGCUGACGGUGUCCAAAGGGGUGCAGAUCAACAUCAAAGCAAUUCCCUCCCCGCCAAGUGAAGUCAAUGUCUACAACAGCACUGCACACAGCAUCCUGAUCUCCUGGGUCCCAGGCUUUGAUGGCUUCUCCCCGCUUAGGAACUGCAGCAUCCAGGUCACGGAUACAGAUCCGCUGAGUAAUGGCUCCGUCAGGAUUUUCAACACCUCAGCCUGGCCACAUCUGUACCAAGUUGAGCAGCUGCAGGCGCUGGCUAACUACACUAUCGAUGUGUCCUGCAUGAAUGACAUUGGCUGGUCGGCACGGAGCGCUGGCAUUCUGGCCAGCACCACUGAAGGAGCCCCGUCGGCAGCACCUUCGAAUGUCACCGUGUCUCUCAAUGUUUACAGCCAUAAAGUGAAUGUGAGCUGGGUCAGGCCUCCGAUGAAGCGGCAGGAAGGGGCCCUGCAGGGCUACCGGAUCUCGCACCUAUGGCAGAACAUAGAGACACAGCAAGAGUUCUCUGAAGAAGUCAGCCAGAAUGACAGCCACACCCAGAUCCCCAUUGAGUUCCACAAUGCCACAUGCACAGUGAGGAUUGCAGCUGUCACCAAAGGGGGCGUCGGACCUUUCAGCAACCCAGUGAAGCUCUUCAUCCCUGUGCACGGUUGGGGAGAUAUUGCCCCUUCUUCCACCCCAGCCCCCAGCAACUCAGAUCCUGUGCUCAUCCUCCUCGGCUGCAUCUGUGGAUUUAUUUUAAUUGGGUUGGUUUUGUAUAUUUCUACGUCCAUCAGAAAAAGACUCCAGGAGACACGGUUUGGGAAUGCCUUUGCAGAAGAGGAUUCAGAAUUAGUUGUCAACUAUGUAGCGAAGAAAUCCUUUUGUCGAAGGGCCAUUGAACUCACCUUACACAGCUUAGGCGUCAGCGAGGAGCUUCAGAAUAAACUUGAAGAUGUUGUGAUCGACAGGAAUCUUCUAAUUCUUGGGAAAAUCCUAGGUGAAGGAGAAUUUGGGUCAGUAAUGGAGGGAAACCUCAACCAGCCAGAUGGGACCUCUCAGAAGGUGGCAGUGAAGACCAUGAAGUUGAAUAAUUUUUCACAGCGAGAGAUCGAGGAGUUUCUCAGUGAGGCUGCGUGCAUGAAGGACUUCGACCACCCCAACGUCAUCCGGCUCCUCGGUGUAUGUAUAGAAAUGAGCUCUCAGGGCGUCCCCAAGCCCAUGGUGAUCUUACCCUUCAUGAAAUAUGGGGAUCUGCACACCUACCUACUCUACUCCCGACUGGAGACAGGACCAAAGCAUAUUCCUCUGCAGACAUUAUUGAAGUUCAUGGUGGACAUUGCCCAGGGGAUGGAGUAUCUGAGCAACAGGAACUUCCUCCACCGAGAUUUAGCUGCUCGAAACUGCAUGUUGCGAGAUGAUAUGACCGUCUGUGUCGCCGACUUUGGCCUUUCCAAGAAGAUUUACAGUGGUGACUACUACCGCCAAGGCCGCAUCGCCAAGAUGCCUGUGAAGUGGAUUGCCAUCGAAAGUCUUGCAGACCGAGUCUACACCAGUAAAAGCGAUGUGUGGGCGUUUGGCGUGACCAUGUGGGAGAUAGCCACACGGGGAAUGACUCCCUACCCUGGAGUCCAGAACCACGAGAUGUAUGACUACCUUCUCCACGGCCACAGGCUGAAGCAGCCUGAGGACUGCCUGGAUGAGCUGUAUGAAAUAAUGUACUCCUGCUGGAGAGCGGAGCCCUUGGAACGGCCCUCCUUCUCCACCUUGAGGAUACAGCUAGAAAAGUUCUUAGAAAGUUUGCCUGAGGUUCAGGACAAAGCCGACAUUAUUUACAUCAACACUCAGUUUCCAGAGAGCGGUGAAGAAAGUCCUGACAGCACGGAGUUUACGCAGCUGGACAUGGACAUUGAUCCGGACUCCAUCAUUGCUUCUUGCACCCCCAGUGCCACUGUCAGCCUGGUCACGGCAGAAGUUCAUGAGAGCAGACCUCAUGAAGAAGAAGAAAGAUACAUCCUGAAUGGGGCCGGUGAGGAGCAGGAUGAGCCAACAGCGGUCGCCCCUGCCAUGAGUACUGAGGGAAAGAAGGGUGUUCUACCGGAGGACAGACCCCUAAGGAGUGGGGCCCCCUGGUCCCAGACCAGCACGUUGCCGGUGGGGAGUCCAUCUCCAGAGGAACUUUUGCUUGUUGAGGACUCCUUGGAAGAAUCAGAGGACCCCAUGUGAGGGGAGCUGAGAGGCAUUCCCAGGCCUGGGAGAGUUUCAGCAUUAGGAGAACACAUGUGCAUGCCAUGAUUUGGGUCUUUGUCUUCCUUACCAAGUCAGCACCUUGACCCAAGGUGAAUGUUGUCAAGUCAUCAAUCAUUAAAAACACACAAUAAGCGCUGGAAGGGUACUACAGUGGGCAGAGAGUUUGCCUUGCACAUGGACAGGUUUGAUCUUCGCUCCACGUAUGGUGUCUGAGCCCUGCCAGAUGUGAUUCCUGAGUACAGAGCCAAGAGUCAGCCCUGAGCACAGCCAGCUGUGGCCCCCAAACAAACAAACAAAACUAAAUAAAAGCACACAAUAUAUUUAUUUAAAAAGAAAAGUAUAUGGAUGUAUAUGGUUGAAAGAGACAGAUUUUAUAUUUUAAUAAAAGAUGCUGUAUUCUAUUGCCCUUACCUUGCAGCUUUUAAAAUGGAAGCUGGAACACCUUUAUCAUGACAGUUCCUCAAGGUUAACACUUGCAGAGUCGAUGUUGUAUUUAUUUUUGUAAGAAACUUUUCUUUUGUAAAGUUGUAAAAUAAGUUGUAAAAAAGAUGUAUAUUCGUAAAGUGAAAUACCAUAUCUGACUUUGCUCCUGAAUCUUAGGAAAAGUCUGAGAUGUCUGUCUGAAUUCUAUGUUUGUAAAAUGAUUCCUGUAAUAUUUAAGGUUUCAUUUAAGGUUUGUUCUUCAAUGUGACUUCCAAAUAAAACAUA